UAGUGGACCUGUUGGUAUGUGCUUUUAUUUUGUAUCAGUAGGCUUUGAAGUGCCAUAUCCGGCAUAACUAAUGGGUAUUUAAAAAAAAGAAAGAAAAGAAAAGAAAGAGUUGAAGCGGUACUGGCAAUAGUAGUUUACUUUAUUGGAGUCAAAUGUGAAUUUAUAUUCAAAGUCACUAUUGAUGGACUUAUUUGAAUUCGGUUUAUUUAUAUCCACUUGUUUAAUUUCAGAAGAGUUAAUUUAAUAAAUCCAGAUAUUUUAAAAAAAAAAAAUUGAAUACCAAGGAUAUAUUUAGUGAAUUUGACAAACAAAAUCGAUUCAUUGCCUAAUUGGGAAGAGAGGUCAACAAUUUGAUGGUACAAAAAAGAAAAAGAAAAUGUGGUUUAUUAGCUUCGAUUCCUUAAAAACACACCACAUGUAUACUCUCAUCCAUACGCCAUUGGAUUGAAUCUUCAGUCAUUCCCUCUAUAUGGAGAAGUGACGUUUAUGAAAACGUGAUUCCAAAUUGGAAAUUUCAAUUGCAUUGGUGAUUGAUGUUUCAUCUCAAUUGACAUCUCUGUCAUUCAUGUUCAUCUCCAUGCAAAUUCUAUGAUCUAUCCACCAUUUCUGCAAAUGCAAAUGGAACCCCAUCGGUGAUUCCUAGACCCAAACCUCCCAUUGCAACCUUAUUAUGUCAUUCUAAUAUUUCAUCUACCUUUCAUAUAUGUCUACUCUUUGUUUCCUCUUGGGAAGACCAGCUGAGAUGGAUGAUGAUAAAUUUAGGAGAAGGAUGAAGAAGAUGAAACGCAGGUAUUCCAACCCUACGCCUGCAUUGUUGCGUAUUACAGUCUCUGUUGUUACCAUGGUGUUGCUCUUAUUAACCAUCUGCUGCGGUUUCCAAUUGACCAUGGAACCUGGGCGAUACCGCGCCAUUGGUGCUCGGGCUUUCCAUGUUGGCAUCUCCACCAUAAUCUUCGGCUUUCUCUUCCUGAUCGUUGGCCUUUCCAUUCUGGCUGACAUGCUUUUGAAUAUAUCAGAACAGUUGCCGGAGCUAUCUGGCGUCCAUCAAGGACAACAGGAGACAAGGACGAUGUCAAAAGCAAUAAGGCAAGGCCUGGUAACUGUAAUCACCAUGUUCGUGAUAUUGUGGGCAAUGUACACCGGAUUUAGGCUUACAACCGAAUCAGGAGAGAGCAAACAAUACCUCCUUACGGUUUCCAUCGGAGUCACCACCAUUUUAUUUGGCUUAAUUUAUUUCAUUAUCGGACUCGCUAUUGUUCAGGAGCUUGUAUUAGAAUUUUUUACCUGUUCUCAAUAGAAAAAUGACAGAAACAAUGAAACAUUUCAUCACGGUUGUGAAUUUUAAUGCUUUUCCCAUGAAAAUUCUUUAGUUUUCCAGCAAGCAUGGUUUCCCAAUUUUCCCUCUUUUACACAUUAGAACAUGCAGGUGGAAGACAAGGAAGCAUAUGACUGUUUGUCCUGUGAAACAAACAAGCAAUCUUCAGAAAUCAUGUCCUUUCCGAGAAUCUGGGUGUAGUUAGAAUGUUUUAUACCAUGGAAAUCACAUAGACGAAAUCCAUAUCAGAUUUCCAGUAAUGAUAAUAAGCAUAUUCAUCCUAAAACAAUAGAUAAUGUACCAGUUUGAAACUAUCACCACCAGGCAGUUCAGUCAAAGAAAUCAUCCAGCCAUCCUCUUAAAUUAGCAGAUGUUAUUUAUUGUAUGUUACGUGCAAUUAUUUCGCAUGUAAGUCCAGGGUCUUAGAGGAUUAUGUCCGAGAA